AGUCAAUGUGCAAAAUAGUUGAAAAUAGGAGCCAAUGUUUUUAAAGUUGAUACAAAACUAAAAUAAUAAAAUUUUCUAAAAAAUUAAAUAAUGGAAGUAAUGUGCAAUAAUUUCAUGCCCGGAGAUAGCAGAUUAGUUGAGCAGUUGGUGUCAGAACUCAAAUCUCAGGGUAUAUUCGAUCAAUUCCGCAAAGAAUGCAUCUCAGAUGUAGAUACCAAGCCAGCUUACCAGAACCUGAGGCAAAGGGUAGAAGGAAGUGUUUCUACAUUUUUAAAAGAACAGACUUGGAGUGUUGAACUUAACAAGAAUCAACUUCGAGAACAACUACGCAAAAACCUCCAAGAAUCAGGCUUUUUAGAAACUGGAGUAGAGAGAAUAGUGGAUCAAGUAGUGAAUCCCAAAAUAAACUCAGUCUUUUUGCCAAAAGUAGAAGAAGUAGUUUAUAAGUUCUUAGGUUUAGAAAACCCAAACAAAAAUAUGAAGAGGGAACCUGAGGUCCCUGCUCCAGACCCACUACCAACAGAUCUUGAAGCUGUUUCUCCUGGGUCAGUGCAAAGUGAAAAAAUGGAUUUGAAGAAAGCAGAUGGUGAUGUUUUGAUAAAUGUAGUAGAAACAUGUAGUAAAAUGGAAGAUGAUGAACCCCCUCCUUUUGAACCACACCCUCUUGAUAGUAAAGAGAAUGGUUCUGAGAAGAUGAAUAUUGAUGAAAAUACUAGAGAUUCCCAUUUGUCAGGGUUUUCAGGUCUUGAAAGUCAUGAAUCCAACCUUGGCAGUGAUAAUCGAGUUUUUCACAUGGAGAUAUCCAAUCAAGACUCCCAAAUUUCUCAGAAUAGCUCAGAGAGUCAUCUUUCCAUCAUAACCUCGGAAGAAACCAGCAAAAUGGAUAUUUCUGAAGACUCAAAUACAAUUUUAAAAACAGAAAAAGCCGAAGUAUUGGUCGAAGACGACGAAAAUGUGUCUCCGGAAUACGAACCGAUCGAUAAAGAAACUAUCAAACUGGAAAAAUUAGACAAUAAAUUUGAUAUUGUGAGUCAAGACGAUAAAAACCAGCAUGACGAAAAAACUGAGAAAAAACCGGAGAAAACUGAAGAGAGAAAAUCCAAAACUAGCGAAAAAUCGUCUAAAGAUAAAAAAGAUGAUAGGAGAGACGAUAAAAAAGAUGACAAAAAGGACGAUAGAAAAGAUGACAAAUACAGGAAGAGCAGUAGUAGUUCGAGUAGAGAAAAAGACAAAUCGUCUUCCAAGCAUUAUUCGUCUUCAAAGGAUAAAGAUAGAAAAGACUCAAGAAGCAGUAGCUCACAUAAGGAUAAAGAUAAAAGUAAAGACAAAGCAGAUAAAGAGAAGAUUGAUAAAGAUAAGAGUAAAUCUUCCAAAUACAAAGAAAAAUCUGAGAAGGAUAAAAGUAAAACUGACAAAGAGAAGUCAGAUAAAGACAAGAGUAGGUCCGAUAAAAGUAAAAUAGAAAAAGAAAACGCAAACAAAGCUGAAAAGGAGAGAUCAGACAAGGAAAAAGCUGACAAAAGCAAGGAUGAAAAGUCUAAAAGCAAAACAGACAAGUACAAGUCUGAAAAAGAUAGACACAAAUCAGACAAAGACAAAUCGAGCAAAGAUAAAGAUAGAUCUGAUAAAGAUAAAAGUUCUAAAGAUAAAGAUAAAUACAAGGAAAAGUCCUAUAAAAGUAAAGAAAAAUCCGAUAAAGAAAAAGAAAAAAGUUCGACAAAGGAAAAGUCUUCAAGUGAUAGGUCUAGUUCUAAGAAAGAAUCCAAAGAAAAGAAAGAUGACAACAAGGAAUCCAAUAAAGAAAUUAAAGACAAAACUAAAGAAGACAAUAAGGACAAAGAGAAGAGUAGAAGCUCUAGCAGUAGUUCUAAACACACUUCUAGCAAAGACAAGAAACCUUCUACGCCUAAAAAAGAGUCCAGGUCCAGUUCGCAUAAGGAAAAAUCCAGCCCUAGUGAUUCCAAAUCCAAAAGCUCAUCCGAAAAAGGCAAAAAAGAUGAAGGAACUACUAGCAAUAAGAAAGACAAACAGGAGUCCAAAACUAAAUCAAAAGAUGAUCACUACAGUUUUAAAAUCAAGAAAUCUGACAGGCGUUCGACAGAUAGGGACUCAAAUGAUGGACAGUCAAGCAAAAAUGUCUUUAACUCAUAUUCUGAGAGUACUACCUCCAGAUCUGGUAACAAUUCCCAAGAUUACUCUAGCUCUAGCUUCACUAGUGGUUCUGGAGAUUCUGGCAAUUCUGAUCAAACAGAAACCGUUCAAAAAGAGUCGAAUGAACCCGUCGAAGCACCAGAACCUUUGAAAAUAUUGCAUGAAAUGCCGAGAGUGAAAUACAUAAAACCGAAAUUUGCUAUGAACUUUGAAGAGGCCCGAAAGAUAAUGAAGAUUAGGAAGCAACUUGCUAUGUUGGAGAGACAAAAUCAAUUGAGUUUGGCUAGAAUAGUGCCAGUUCAAAAUGGUGUCGUAAACGGAGAAUCGAAUCAGGAUGAUACCAGUCAAACUGCAGCUUCCGUUAAUAAGGAAGAAACAAAAACUGUUGAUAUUAGCGAAGAAAAAGAAAACAUAAACACUUCUAGAGCUGUCGAUGACGCAAUUAUACAAGCACCGGUCGAUAAUAAGUGUGUUAAUAAAGUAGAGACUGUAUGUGUGGAUAAAAGUAUUAACUUGUUAAGUAAAAUAGAAAGUAGAGACAUAAGCAAGGAAAACUGGGAGGCUUUGGAAGCCAAAUUGGCACAAGUUAUGUCUGAAGUUGAUUACAACUCGUAUGACUCAGAUGAAGACUUUGAAUUUCACGGAUACAGUUCCAUAGACAUAAUUCCAAAAAAUUUCAUCGAUGUAAACCGCGAUUUAGUGAAGAAAACAGAGGAAGAGAUUUCUAAGAACCAAAAUGCCAGCAAUUUAUUGGAGGAGUCUGUACAACAAAGUCAAUUGCACAAUCUUAACAAAAUAAGCAGUAAAGAAGAACAGGUGCCAAAUUUAUUCAACAACAGCUCAAAUUCUAAUAAGAACGGUCAAGAUUCCCCACCCAGCAGCUCUGAAAAGACCUAUACCCGAGAAAUUUUAAAUGCCAACGUGAACAACACGCAACUAUUAGCAGCUUUCAGUGAUGACAACUGUUAUUUCUUGAAGGAACCCAGUUGUGACGAAGAAAACUACUUAAGUGGUCUAAAAAUGUUGAUCUCUCGGAUGGAGAUUGAUAUUGAACAGUGCACUGAAAAUUUAAGUAACAACGUGUGGCCGUCGAAGAGAGGCCUAAAGAGAAAGUUUGAGGAACACGUUGAUAUUAAGAAUAAUAAUAAGACGCCCUACAUGGAAACAGUGAAAAAAAGGAGAGGCUCAGCUAGUUCCCUAACAGUCACUCCGAUGGCUGGUAAAAAAAGAAUGUCCAAUAGUUCAGAUAUCACUCCUGCGGAACACUUUUCUCUUCCGCUGAGUCCAGCAGAAAGUGACAAAUCUAACGAAAGGAAAGACGAAGAUCUGGUUAUUCCUAUAAAACAAAAAAGGAUUAUGCGAGAAUAUACUCAGAGGUACAGUAGCGACGAUCUUUAUAAACCUCGACCGGUAUUUGGAAGAAGAAAAAAACAAUCUUGACAUUAUAGAAACCUGUAUUGCUUGAAUAUUGUAGAUAUUCAAUAAUAGAUUUACCACUAGUUGUAUAAAUAUAUUUUUUAUAUUUACAGUAUUUCUAACAUUUUUUGUAAGAAAAAAAAGUUUAUUUAU